AUGGGGGUCAUCACAGACGAAACACUCUCCAAAUAUCACGAAAGAGUCGAAGGGAAGACGGUCAUUAUUACUGGUGCCGGGGCAAGUAUAGGACGAGCAACAGCCAUUCUAUUCGCAUCAUAUGGGGCUAAAGUUGUGGUCGCUGACAAGAGUUUGUCUGGCGUAGAAGUAACUGUGUCAGAGAUCCGAUGCAUCAAAGGGGAGGUGGUUGGAUGCGUAUGCGACGUCACUAUAUGGGAGGAUGUAGUAGCAAUGUACGACCUCGCUAUUCAAGAAUUCGGUUCAGUGGACAUAGUAGUUGCCAACGCAGGUGUAGGCGAAAUUGGCGGUCGUAUGAUGUAUAAUCCCAGCGAAGGACGUCCAGUCAAGCCGCUGACUACAACAAUCGACGUGAAUUUGACCGGUGUUCUUUACACCGUUCACCUUGCCCAACAUUAUCUACAGCUAAAUCGACCUAUGCAAGACAUGUCCUCUGAAUCAUCAUCCUUGAAGUCCGUCGUUCUCCUAGGUUCAUUGGCGUCAUGGACUGCAUUAACAAAAGCGCCAAUGUACACCGCUUCGAAACAUGCUGUUCUGGGAUUGAUGCGCUCUUUAGAUGCCUCCUUCGUAUCUAGAGGUCUUCGCAUCACUAGUAUCCAUCCUUUCUUCGCAGCCACUUCCAUGGUCCCUAAUGUCAUUCGACUGCAACUAGCAGGAAUUCCUCUUGCUCCCGUUCCUAGAAUCGCCAGAACAAUCCUCUAUGCGGCGACUCAAUCAGACCCCGCUUGCAGUGGGGCGGCAUUCUGGGUUCCGGAUGGAGGUGCUUUGGUGUUCAUGGUAUCAAGGGAAGAAUUCAAACCCGGUGUGUAC